ACGCAGACUGCUUCUACCAACAUUUGUGAAAGAAUGGGUUGCUCUCAGGAGCUCAGUGAAUUCAAGAGCGGUACCUUGAUAGGUUGCCACCUGUGCAAUAAGUCCAUCCGUGACAUUUCUUUGCUACUAAAUAUUCCACGGUCAACUGUUAGUAGGAUUAUAACAAAGUGGAAGCAACUGGGAACAACAGCAACUCAGCCACCAAGUGAGCGGGGUUAGUGCAUGCUGAAGUGCUCAGUGCUCAGACAUCGCCAACUGUCUGCAGAUUCAAUAGCUAAAGACCUUCAAACUUCAUGUGGCCUUCAGGUUAGCACAACAACAGUGUGUAGAGAGCUUCAUAGAAUGAGUUUCCAUGGC